AUGAAUAUUGUUGGUCUAAUAUCGGGAGGAAAAGACAGUUUACAAAACUUGAUUUAUUGUUCUAAAUAUGGUCAUAAUAUCAUAUUAUUAGCUCACCUUCUACCAUAUAAGAAUCAAAAUGAGACUGACAGUUAUAUGUAUCAGAGUGUGGGUUUUGAACUUGUUCAAUCAAUUGCAAAAUGUUUGGAAAAACCUUUGAUUCAGCAUCAAAUUAAAAGAAAAGCAGUUAAUAUUGACUUGUUGUAUACUUAUGAUUCUAAUGAUGAAGUUGAAGAUUUGUAUGAACUACUGCUCGAAGCUAAGACAAAAUUUCCCAGCAUAAAUGCAGUAUCAUGUGGGGCUAUCAAGUCAAAUUAUCAGAAGAAGCGAUUGGAACACGUUUGUGAAAGAUUAAAUUUGCAAAUUUUAGCUUACUUGUGGGAAAAAGAUCAGAAAGAACUGUUGCAAAAUAUGAUUAGCGAUGGCAUGGAAGCAAUAAUUGUGAAAACUGCAGCAUACGGGUUGAAUAAAGAACAUGUUGGCAAAUCUAUAAAAGAAAUGUACGAAUAUCUAAAAAUGAUGAACACUAAAUAUGGCUUAAACAUUUGUGGGGAAGGAGGAGAAUAUGAAACUUGUACAUUGGAUUGUUCACUAUACAAAUACAAAAUAGUUAUUGAAGAAUAUGAAGUAAUUCAGCAUACAGAUGAUUCAGUAUGCCCCGUUUUUUUAUUUAAACCUUUAAAAUGGAAACUUGAAAAAAAAUGA